UCUGUAACAGUGCAUAAUACCUAUAUUCACAAGAAAUAUUAGAGAAGCAUUUAGGACUGUGAGUUUGGGUAGGAGGAUGUGGUUGAGAAUAUAUGCAGCCACUAGAUUCCCUUUUAUGCCUAUCUAUGGUGGCUUCCCUGUGAAGUUAACGACAUACGUUGGCGAACCAAUUCCAUACGAUGGAAAUCUCACACCUGAGGAGCUACAAAUGAAGGUCGCUGGUGCGCUCAAUGAUCUGAUAAGUCAGCAUCAAAGAAUACCUGGGAAUAUAUCAUUGGCUUUAUUAGAGAGGGUGUAUAAAGCAAAGAAAAAGGAAUCAUAAGUAUUAGCAUUUACUAUAAUAUUCUAACGUUUUAUCUCAUCAAGCCAAGAACUAUUACCGUACUUUAUUAAGUUUUCGGAAGUUAUACAUUUUACUCACGGCGCUGGUUGUUAAUCGUCGAACGACAUUUAUCGAACUUAAGAGCUUGUGAAAGUUGAGGUCCAUUCCUUCCAAGCGAGAUCGUACUUAAGUUUUAAAUCUAAUAAUAGUCCGUCUUCAGUUAUCGCGUAGAAUUUUUAUAUGUUAAAUUUUUUUAUAUUUUAUCUAUACAGAGUUUGUCAAAUAAAUAUCGGGGCAAUUGUGUUUGGCCUUACGCGCAAUUAGUGACUGGGCGCAUCGUCACAAUAAGCGUCCAGGCAUCGGCGAUAGUCCCGAUACUUAUCGGACAAACCCUGUACGACUAACAAAGUGUUAAUUCAUUUUAUACAUAUCGUUUUUACUACAAUCGAUGAUGCUAUUCGGACAAUUUGUAUAUGUAUUUUCUAUUGUCAGCAUUUAAGGUACGAUUGUGAUCUUUUCGUAAUUCCAUGAAAUGUCAGCACUAAUAUUUAUUCUUUUAUUUAUUAACUUUAUACAAGAGGAGAAGAGAAUAAAGGUCUGAAAAACUGA